AUGAAGUUGGUCGAAAGAAAAUUGAUUAUCCUGGCAUUGAGCGCUUUGGUGGGAUGCUCUUUGAUUAUUUCGUUUUGGUUGUUGCGCGUACAAGAGGAAGAUUAUUUGGUAUUUAAGCGCGUUGUCUUAAAACGUCGCCAAUCUACUCCCCUAAGGAAUUUCAUCGACAAACGGGGCGCAAAAUUUCACGUCCAACAAAAUGGCCAAUAUUGGAUUUUAUAUAAUUACAUUGUGGCGAAAAAUUUCUAUGUAGGCAACGACUCCGUUUCUUUAGCGCUGCACGGUGAAUAUAAAGAUUUGGAUACCCUGGGCGUUUUAGCUCAAAGAUGGCGUGGUCCUAUAAGCCUUGCCUUGUUUGCGAACGGUGAUGACUUUCGUCGAGCCCAAUAUACUAUCUUGCAUUUGAUUAAAUGCACGCCCUUUGGUAAUGAAAUACGGUCUUUCGUUACAUUUCAUUUUAUUAUGCAUGAAGAUCAUAUAUGGAGUAAUAUUCCAAAAUCUGAGAGAGCGUUCUUGUCGCGAACUGCGGAUUGCUUGAACUCACCAUAUAAUUUGCAUAACGAGACCUAUCGUCAGAACGUAGAACUAACCUAUCCCUCGAAUAUGGCCAGGAAUGUUGCCCGUCAAACUAUAUCCACCUAUUAUAUUUUAUCACUGGAUAUGAACUAUCUACCGAGUGUUAAAUUUAUUGGAAAAUUCCUGAGCAUGGUUUAUAAACUGCAAUUAAAUAAUCCCUUCAAUACGGUCUAUACAUUGCCAGUUUUUGAUGCACCUAAGCCUAAACUAGCUCUGCCCGAGACCAAAGAGGGGUUAUUGAAAUAUUGCGAAGAAAAUAAAUUAUGUGCAAACGAGGAAUCCGAAAGAACUCCUUACAUAAAAACUUGGCUAAAGCCAUCGAAAUAUCCGAGGGUGCUGUCAAUAAUGGAGACGCGAAAACACGUAGGUCUUUGGUUUCCUUGGUACGUUAGCGCCAACGAAUAUGAACCUUUUGUUGAUGAAAGGCUUCACCAAGAGUCUUUGACCGAUCGUUGGUGCCAUAUUGAUUUGUUGCAAGCUUUGGGCUACGAUUUCGCUGUGAUUGAUAACGCUUUCUUAUUGCGUCUUCCAUUACUGAAUUCAUCUUUAAAUAAUAUUACCUCCCUUCAAGAGGCAAGGAUGGCUAGCAAAUUACAACACCAUCAAAGAUUAAUGAUAUUGAGAAAAUUCCUAAUGAAGUUUAUGUGA